UCCUCCCCCUCAACCCCGGCUGUCAGUGCUGUGUGAGUGCGUGUGUGCUCCUGAGCUCGCUCGGCACACAUUCUAUAAAAAAAAAAAAAAAAAAAAAAAAAAAUUCAAAACGUAAAAAAACCAAAAAAUCAUUUUUCUUUUUGUAACCACGGUGAAGCUGGAGUAGACAUUCGAGGACUGGACGGUAACGUAUAAGAAGGGGCAGCCUAACGUUAAAAACGAACGACAAUUUUCUUCAGUCGACGUGUUACUGGUUCAGAAGCGAGGCUAAGUAACGUUAAUUUGCUUUUAUCAUUGUGUCAUAUUUGAAUGACAGUUUUAAAUUAGAAGUCGACAUUGUGCCAUUUUAUCAUAUUAAUCUUCUACAUUUGAAUCAAAAACCCUUCAACUGACAAGCCAACAGUUAACGUUUAACGUUACCAUCAGCAUUCUGCCCCGAACUGACGUGACGUUAGUGUCUGUUGAGAACCAAGCAUUCGAAAACUUUUUUUGUUAAGAAAAUCCGGCUUUGACCGAGUACUUUGCUAGCCUCCUUGGCAAACGAUAAUGAAUCCCAGUGCUCCCAGUUACCCCAUGGCCUCCCUGUACGUCGGGGAUCUGCAUCAAGAUGUGACCGAGGCCAUGCUGUACGAGAAAUUCAGCCCAGCCGGAGCGAUCCUGUCGAUCAGGGUCUGUAGGGACAUGAUCACCCGGCGUUCCCUUGGAUACGCCUAUGUCAACUUCCAACAGCCAGCGGACGCCGAGCGUGCACUGGACACCAUGAACUUUGACGUGAUCAAGGGGAGGCCUGUGCGCAUCAUGUGGUCGCAGCGUGAUCCGUCACUGAGAAAGAGCGGUGUGGGAAACAUCUUCAUCAAGAAUCUUGACAAGUCCAUUGACAACAAGGCUCUAUAUGACACCUUCUCUGCUUUUGGCAACAUCCUGUCAUGCAAGGUGGUUUGUGACGAGAAUGGCUCUAAAGGCUACGGCUUUGUGCAUUUUGAGACUCAGGAGGCAGCCGAACGAGCCAUUGAGAAAAUGAAUGGCAUGCUGCUGAAUGACCGAAAAGUAUUCGUAGGUCGCUUCAAAUCUCGCAAAGAGCGCGAGGCUGAGCUGGGCGCCAGAGCCAAGGAGUUUACCAACGUCUACGUUAAAAACUUUGGCGAAGACAUGGAUGAUGAGAAGCUGAGGGAAGUCUUCAGUAAAUACGGAAACUCCAUGAGUAUCCGAGUCAUGAUAGAUGACAGUGGAAAGUCUCGAGGCUUUGGGUUUGUCAGCUUUGAGAGGCAUGAGGACGCCCAGAAGGCAGUGGAUGAGAUGAAUGGAAAGGAGUUUAACGGCAAGCUCAUCUACGUUGGCCGUGCCCAGAAGAAGGUGGAGCGACAGACGGAGCUCAAGCGCAAAUUUGAGCAAAUGAAACAAGAUCGCAUGACUCGCUACCAGGGUGUCAACUUGUACGUCAAGAACCUUGAUGAUGGAAUUGAUGAUGAACGUCUGCGAAAGGAGUUCACACCGUUCGGCACCAUAACAAGUGCCAAGGUCAUGUUGGAGGGCGGGCGCAGCAAAGGUUUCGGCUUUGUCUGCUUCUCGUCCCCAGAGGAGGCCACCAAAGCGGUGACCGAAAUGAAUGGGCGCAUUGUAGCCACUAAGCCGUUGUAUGUGGCCUUGGCCCAGCGGAAAGAGGAGCGUCAAGCCCACCUGACCAACCAGUACAUGCAGCGCAUGGCCAGUGUGCGUGCAGUACCAAACCCAGUCAUCAAUCCCUACCAACCAGCCCCGCCCUCCGGCUACUUCAUGGCAGCCAUACCUCAGGCCCAGAACCGCGCUGCUUACUACCCAGCUGCUGGGCAGAUGGCCCAGCUCCGCCCGAGCCCACGCUGGGCCAACCAAGGUGUCCGGCCACAACAUUUCCAAAACAUGCCGGGUGCUAUGCGUCCCUCAGCACCACGCCCUCAGACCUUUGGUGCCAUGCGUCCGGCCUCCCAGGUGCCCCGCAUGAUGUCUGCCCAGCGUGUCGCAGCUCAGACCAUGGGUCCCCGGCCAGCCACCGCAGCUGCUGCAGCAGCCGCUCCUGUGCGUGGAGUCCCUCAGUACAAAUAUGCCGCAGGAGUCCGCAAUCCCCAGCAGCACAUGCCUGCUCAGCCACAAGUCGCCAUGCAGCAGCCUGCUGUUCAUGUUCAGGGACAGGAGCCUCUGACGGCCUCCAUGCUGGCCGCUGCUCCACCACAGGAACAGAAGCAGAUGCUGGGUGAGCGUCUGUUUCCACUGAUCCAGAACAUGCACCCAAGCCUGGCAGGGAAGAUCACUGGCAUGCUGCUGGAAAUUGACAACUCGGAGCUGCUCCACAUGCUGGAGUCCCCAGAGUCUCUCCGCUCAAAGGUGGAUGAGGCAGUGGCUGUUCUUCAGGCCCACCAGGCAAAAGAGGCGGCCCAGAAGACAGUGCCAAAUUCAGCUGGUGUUCAGAGUGUCUGAACCUAAGGAGUGGGGAACCUCGAGACCAGCUUCACCGAUGGACAAAAAAAUGAACAGUGAAAAAAUUGAAAAUACACAAAACAAAGUAAAAAGAAGUCAAAUGAUAUAAAAAAAAAAGAAAUACCAAUGGAAACAAGUCUCCAGCCAGGUCUAUAAUGAACAGAAACACCAGGCCUGGUGUGCUGAGUUAAAAAGGAAAAAAUACACAAAAAAGAGAAAAAGUUAAAAUAAAAAAUGAUCAGUUCAUGAGGGGUUUUAGAGAAUUCUGUGGCAAAGUAAGAUUGAAAGCAUUCCUUUCUGCCAUUUUAUCCCUUUUAAAUGUUUGAAUGUUUGGGCUGUAGAGGCCUAUUAUUGUCAAAUUUCCCUUGACCUUUGCUUGCUUAAAUAAAAAUUAUAAAAUAA